GUCAAGUAUUGUUUUACUAUGCCAUGUGACUUAAUCUAAAAGUUUUAUCCUCCUUUAUUAAUAAUAUAUACAUGUAGAUAUAGAUUCCUUAUUUAACAUUAUUUUGAUCCAAAAUUCAAAUGGCAAGUUAAAUUGUGCAGGGGUUGUACUGCGGAAUAAAAGGAGGAUCAGGCACAAUCUAAAGAAGAGUGGAUAAGCUAGUGAAAUCUCCUCUUAUUUCUCUCAUACUGAAACAAUGGAAGCUCUUGGUCAUGGGCUCCUACCCCUGGUUGCUCUUGGUUCUUGUCAAAAAGAACAAAGGUGUCAACUUGUCCGUAUAAUCUGCUCUCCAUUACCAUAUUCUCUAAAUUCCUGUGCAUCCUUAAAGUAUAGGAAUAGGAAUGAGAUAAGGAUGCAAGCAGUUCAAGAAGAAUAUGAGUUGAAGCAAAUGAAAGAUAUGGCUGCCUCUAAAAAGAGAUGGGAUGGUCUGAUCAGGGAUGGGAAAGUUAAAGUUCUUACUCCUAGGGAAGCUGGAUAUGCAAUUCAACUCUCGAACAAAAUGCUGCUUGAUGUUCGCCCUCCUAUGGAGCGAAAGAAGGCAUGGGUAAAAGGCUCCACCUGGAUUCCUAUUUUUGAUGUUGAUACUAGUUUAGAAGUCGGUACUCUUUCUCGGAGAGCAACAAAUUUUUUGAUGGGAGGUUGGUGGAGUGGCAUCCCUGCUCUGUCUUACAAUAAGCAAUUCUUAUCAAAUGUUGAGGAGGAAUUUGCCAAAGAUACAGAUCUGAUUGUGGCAUGCCAGAAGGGAUUGAGGUCCAUUGCGGCUUGUGAGGUGCUAUACAAUGCUGGUUACUGCAACCUUUUCUGGGUUCAAGGUGGUUUAGAAGCAGCUGAAGAAGAGGAUCUUGAAAGAGAAGGUCCACAACCAUUCAAGUUUGCAGGAAUUGGUGGCCUUUCGGAGUUCCUUGGUUGGACUGACCAACAGAGAGAUGCUGCUGCUAAAGAGGGUUGGGGUUACCGAUUGUCUUUUUCUGCCCGACUGGUUGGAUUAGUUCUUGGUGCUGAUGCCUUGUUCAUUGGAGCACAAAAAGUCGGACAAUAUCUUCAAGAGUUAAGGUCUCACUGAGAUCGAUAGUUGGAGCUUGAAGUUACAUGUGUUGCAUUUUGUGCAGCCACAAGGAAAUGAUUUUCUCUGAAUUCAGGAAAUGAGUAAAGCGACUUCCUAAGCAUCCUUUUUCUGAAACUAGAGAACUGAGAUGAAAAUCCAUUUUCUGAAUUGAAUGUACUGGUAUGCAUAUGAGGUAGGCUGAAUGCAUGGAGUUAAUACGCAUGAACAAUAUUAAUAACAGACUAACUAUCAUGAGCGUGAGAAUACAUGCAUGAGACAUAACAACUGACACUAAUACUGUGAGAACAUGAUUACUGAAUUUGAAUAUAACUGAUAACAUGAGUGACUGUA